UCCCUUGGAGUGGGUAGCACUAAAGGUCAGAGUCAGCAAAUCCUACUCUAAAAAUAGGCUCCAGAUUCAAAGUUUGUAAGACUUCUUUUGCCACCCUGCCACACUCCACAGAGCCCAGCCACCUAGAGCACCUGCCCAAGCUCACAGCCUCCUGCACGGCCCAACCUCCAUGGAGAAGAUGUCAUCAACAGGUUUGAACGCCGGGAAGAAAAAUGCAUACACAGCAAUCAAAGUGGAUCCUGAUGGGGAUUACUGUACCCCAGGUGCAUUUGAACUGGAGCGGCUCUUCUGGAAAGGAUGCCCAAAGUACACUCAUGUCAACGAAGUCUGGCCCAACCUCUACAUAGGAGAUGAGAAAACAGCAUUAGAUCGCUACAGCCUUGAGAAGGCAGGCUUCACUCACAUCCUCAAUGCAGCUCAUGGUCAGCGCAACGUGGAUACGGGACCAGAAUAUUACCAAGACAUGACUGUGGAGUACCAUGGAGUGGAAGCAGACGAUCUUCCCACUUUCAAUCUCAGCCAGUUCUUUUAUUCUGCUUCUAAAUUCAUUGAUAAUGCACUUCAGGAUGAAAGAAACAAGGUCCUCGUGCACUGUGCUAUGGGUCGCAGCCGGUCAGCCACAUUGGUCUUGGCUUACCUGAUGAUUUACAAGAACAUGACAGUGGUGGAUGCCAUUGAGCAAGUAUCACGGCACCGAUGCAUUCUGCCAAACAGAGGCUUCUUGAAGCAGCUGAGAGAACUGGACAUAGCAUUGGCACUGCAGAGGAGAAAUACCAAAAACAGCCUACCGUCCAACGACGAUGAGAACAGCACGACAAUCUAGUAUUGCUCCUGGCAGGGUUGUGCUACUGGAAAAUAAACUCUAUAAAAUGA